AUGAGUGUUGAUCAAAUCGGUAACUAUCAUUUGUUAGAAACAUCUGCAGAGGAAGGAGAUUUUUAUGUAUCUUAUCUUCUGGAAGAUAUUAGAACAAAAAUGAAGUAUACAGGAUUCUUAAUUCAUCGGAAAAAAUUAUUGUAUUCACCAUAUAUCCAGAAAUUGCAUAAAAUAUUAGAUAUACAAGCUUCAUUCGGAUUUCCUAUGAUGCAAAACGUAAUAGAAGUUAUAACAGAUGAAGAAUUACAGCUAAUUGUUUUCGAUUAUAAAUAUAAAUCUCUCAUGCAACUAUUUACUAACGGAGAAACUCUAUUCGAAACUCAAGUAAGACAAAUAUUUGCUGAAAUGGCUAUUAUUGUACAUCAUUUACAUAAAAAACACGUCGCAAUUUUAGAUAUACAGCCAAACUCAUUUUUCUUAACUCAAACAGGUAUACUUAAGAUAGGAGUACUCACAUCAGCCGGUUUAUAUGAACCAAACGAAUUAACAAAAGAAUUACCAGGUUCAGUGAAUUAUGCUGCUCCAGAAGUCUUCAAAGGACCGUUUGAUCCAUUUGCAGCUGAUAUUUGGAGUUUAGGAAUGACUCUUUAUGCUCUUCUACUCGGAGACUGUCCAAUAAAUGGCCAAUCAGUUGAAGAAAUUCAAGAAAAGAUAAAAGAAAUGAAAGAAGUCAAACUUCCAUCAUAUUUUUCACCAACAGUGACAAGUUUACUGAGACACAUGCUCCAAUUGAAUCCAAAAGAUAGAAUGACAAUAGAAGAUGUUAUGGAGCAUCCUUUCGUUACUUCGACAAUUGUAACAAAGUCUAUUAUGCUUAAGAAUGAUCUCGAGAAAACUGCGAGUAGAAUUCUUCAAUACGCAUCGAUGAAAUCAAUCAAAUGCAGGAAAAUAAGAGAAAAUCUUUAUUCAUUUAACUUUACUUCAGGAAGUGUGUUUAGAUCACAAAUACGUCUUGAAACCGAGGAUUCAAACCCUGUUCUGAGAUUAGACGUAUUUGUUUGCGAAAAUCAAGCUGAUCUAAACGAUCUUAUUGAUGCAUUCCAAUAUUUACUCGGAACAAAGUAA